UGGCGGGUAUAUCAUUUAUGAAAGAUAUACUGGAGGCAUACAAAUGUUCUGCAAAUGAAGCCAUACACUUCAAACUGGUAAGACAACAAUCUGACAUUGAAGAUGAUAACACAACAUUUUUACCAGAAAUGUCUCACCAACUAUUUGGAGAUCAGGAGAGUAUAUUUGGCUACAAAGAUUUGACAGUAGAAAUGUUCUACAGUGCUGCAAGACUAUCAACUUAUGUGAACAUGAAAUAUUCUGACAAAGUCACACCACAGAGGUUUGAUGGAAUACAGCCAGAUAACGUAAUAGGAACUCUGAACAAGAAACUCCCUCCAGGGUACCUCACCAACAGGGACCUGUUCCUAGCCUCCCUAGAGAAGGAUGCUACUUUUAGACCAUAUGGCGAGAUGCUACACAGUUACAAAGUCAUCAAAGACAAUCAGGAGAGAAACUUUGAGGUAUAUAAAACGGACAUCUCACCACCAGGAUUCCGAGAGUACCAUGAACAUCUACAGACCUUUAUCCUUUUCUUCAUCGAUGCUGCUUCCUACAUAGAUGUGGACGAUGACAGAUGGAUGUUUUAUUUGUUAUUUGAAAAAUACAACAUGGAUGGAAAUUCUGCUUAUGCUAUCGCAGGAUACAUGACAGUUUACAACUACUAUGCAUAUCCAGAGAAGGUUCGUCCUAGAAUAAGCCAGGUUUUAGUUUUACCACCCUUCCAGAAGCAAGGUCAUGGAUGUCACCUUGUACAGACAUUUUACAAUGACUGUUACACAAGGUCAGAGGUCAUGGACAUCACAGUUGAAGAUCCUUCAGAAAACUUCCAGCGAUUACGUGACUUUAUUGAUGCAAAAAACUGCAUGAGGCUCACCAGCUAUGAGGUUUCAAAACUCAAGGAUGGGUUCUCGGAAGAUAUGGCAAAAGAAGCCAGGGAAAAACUCAAAUUAAACAAGAGACAAUCACGCAGAAUUUACGAGAUCCUCAGACUAAAAGCAACAGACACAAGUGACAAAGAAAUGUAUGGAGCCUACAGACUUGAUGUGAAACGUCGACUGAAUGCACCCUUCCAGAAAAAAGGACGUGACUUUGAUAAGCUGGAGAAAGUGUUACGCCCAGAUGAACUGUCGGCAACAUUGAGUUGCCUGUCAAAAGAACAGAGACUUGCAUAUCUUGAGAAUACUUACCAAGAAAAUGUGGAAAUGUACCGACAUGUCAUUGAACGUCUCAACAUUGCUGUAUAAGUGAACAGGAGAGUCAAGGGUGAAAUAAAAACAAUUUAUAAAUAUACAAAGAAUACAAACUGUUUUUUAGCAGGGAGCCCUUACCUGGUAAUUCUAUAUAGCCCACACAUAACUAUUUCAUUAAGUGAAACCACCAACACAUUUCAUAGUCCUAUAGUAAGCCAUCUCCCUGACUUUGAGUCGGGGCAAAAUGUUGGGCUUAUUGUCCUUUGAUAAGGUCGCUACCUGACUUUGAAUGUAACGUGUUGGUCCCCUGGGCCUAAAUUCAUUAUCUGUCACCUCAGGUAUUAUUGUGUGGGAUGAUCAGUAUUAUGAUUUAUAAGUCUGUUUAAUUUUAUUGAUCAGUUCCGAAUGUUAAGCUAUAACAAUAUGUAAUUUACAAUGUGGUUUAAGGUCUAUUUGUUUAGGAGUUUGUUAGAGAGACAUGAUUGUAUGUCUUGAUUUACCUACUGAGUAGGAAGUAAUUACUGCUGUCAUUGACUUGGUUAGUUGUUGCCCCAGGCAACGGAGCCAGUAUCCUUGGAUACUGAAUAUAAAGAACACCCAAAGUGAUGUUGGUGUCUUCAACUAUUUCAUAUUCAUUUAAUGGUAAUCAAUUAGUCCUCAUCUUAGUCCUAGGUAAUGUGUGUAACACAAGUCUGACUGGUUUAUACAGCCAUCCAAAGUGUUUGAGUGGAGUACUGGAAUUAAGGUAUGUCCUGAAAAUGUACUAGAAUCUGAUAUAUAUUCCAAAUUAAUUGCUUAAAUUCAAGGAGUACAGACAAUUAUAUAUUUUUUAUGUUCCCUGAAAAUUUGCAGGGGAGCAACAUAGUUGCUGCCUUGUCUGUUCUUCUGUCCAUCCUUUUGUGUUCAGAGCAGAGGUUAUACUAAGGGCAUGUGUAGUGAAACUAAUAUAGGGCCCUGAACUAUUCUGUUACAGAGUUAUUGCCCUUUGUUAAAAUGUUGUGUCUAGAGCACAACUUUAAUUUGCUUGCAUUUAAACUAAGAUAAUGAAACUUUGUACCAAAAAUAUUUGAAUUUUAUUCUUGUUCACACGUUAAAGGAUAGGUAACUCGCUUUUAUUAGAACUCAUAAGAUGCCAGUUCAUGUUGCAAUUAAUGAUCAAUAUGUACUGCCAGAGGGAGAGGAUUUAUAUAGGCUUUAACCAGUUGCCUGGUACCUUUAAAAAAUUGUUUUCAAUAAAAUCUUUGUGAAAUGAAAAAUUUGGUGUAUACAUUGAUCAUACGAAGGCAGUGUGCCAUGUACCAAAUUCAAGGCCAUUGACUCCCUCAAUUGCAGAUUAAUUGCCCUUUGAUAAAAACAUGGUGUCUAGAGCUUACAGUAAAGCUGUGGUCAGCUUGAUCAGGCAGAUAUUUCUAACCCUAGAUAGCAUUGAAUUAUGCACAUACAUGUCACUUAAUUAGCAUUGAUAAGUAGUGUGAUUUCUUUCACAUCUUGCAGUAAUAUCAUGGGCAAACCAGCUGACAGGCCCCAACACUGUAUUACAAGCUAAGGGAUUAGUAAAUAUAUACAGACCUCUGGAUGUGCGGAUGUGUUUUGUCAAAGAACAACAUUGUUUCACUUCACAUUUUAAUAGAUAAUCACAUCAGACUAUCUAAAUAAUUGUAAGAUUCGUUAAGAUUUUAACAAACAUGAAUCCAUUGUCAUAUUCACCCUCAAUCCACACUCAGCAAACUGAUAUGUCAACGCUUAUUUCUGUCAAUACACAAGCGGAGAUGUGUUUUGUACAGGCAAGUUUCUAACAUUGCUUGCGUUUAAUGUAGGGUAAUGAAACUUUGCGCAUAAAUUGAUCAUACAAAGACAAUGACCAAUGUCAGGGCCCCUAACCGGUAAUUACAGUGUUAUUGCCCUUUGUUAAAAUUCUGUAUCUGGACCAUUACUUUGCCUGUAUUUAAACUAGGCUAUUGAAACAUCACAUCAAUUGUACAAAAGCAAGAUGCAAUGGAGCAGAGUCCGAGCCCAUGACUACUCGAUAGAGUUAUUGCCUUGAUAUUAAUUGUUGUUUGAUAAAAUUUUGUGUCAUGGGCAAAGCUUUGCUUGCAUUAAAACUAGAAUCACAAAGCUUGAUGUACACAUCGAUCAUACUGAGAGGGUGUGCAGUAUACUUAUUAAUUCAGGACCAACAACCUGGUUAUUACAAAAUUAUUGCCCUUUGUUGAAAUUUUGUCGUUUUUUUGGGGAGUAUUCAUCAAUUUCACUAAUUUUCAUGUUUUUUCAUUUAAAUACAUUUAUAUGAUUUUUUUCUGAAAUACUACAACUGUAAACUGGAUGAUGUAUUCCAAGUAUGUUGUGUGUUAGGAAGGAGUCGGGUGACCAUGAUGAUGUAUUUCAAGUAUGUUGUGUGUUAGGAAGGAGUCGGGUGACCAUGAUGAUGUAUUUCUGUUUGCAGCUUUAAAACAUGGUAGGUAUUGACCGUUGUUAACUCAUCGGAUCUAAAGGACUGAUAAGCUGAUGCCCUGGCAUGAUGUCCAUCAACAUUUUACUAAAAAUGACUCCUGGUCAUUUAACGACUGAGCAGAUUUUGACCAAAUUUGGUCUGAAGUAUCCUUGGGAGAAGUGUUACCAAGUUUGUAUAAAUAUUGGUGUUUGGUCACCAAGGGCCUGAAGGGCAGGGCCUAAAAAGGAAAAUUAUGCAAGUUGUAUGAAAUCCUACUACUCUUGUAGGAAUGAAUAGAUUAUGUAUGAAUUUGGUUGGGAGCAUUCUUAGGUGAAGAGAAAUUAAUCUUGUUUAAAUGUUACGUCUUAGCCCAUUGGGGUGAAAGUGGCGGGGCCCCAAUAGGAGCAAUAGAUCAAAUUCUUUAAAAUCUCACUCCUCCUGUAGGAAUGAUUGGAAUUGCUCAAAUAUUGUCGGAAACAUUCUUAGGUGAAUCAAUCUUGUAUAAACCUUAGGUCUCUGGCCCCCUGGGGUGGGAAUGGCCAAAUAGACAAUAGAGCAAAUUCUUUAAAAUACUAUUCCUGUAGGAAUUAUUAGGUUUUGCCCAAAUAUGGUCUGAAUCAUGUUUUGGAGAAGGUCAAUCAAUUUUAUAUAAAAGGUGGGUCUGGGCACCCAGGGGUGGGAGGGGCAGCUUUGAAACAAUUGAGAUCUCCAUCCCAUAACCAUAUGUCUAUUGUGACGUCAGAAUUGGCUCUUUUGUCUGGACCCACCUCUUGGGGCUUAAUUUCUGGGUUAUAUCUUUAAAUCACUUGAGAUACCCUAUAAUCACAGACAACAAUGCUUGGUAUCAAGAGAUAAACACUAUCAUGAUGUGAGAAUUGGCUCUGAGGUCUGGCCCUACUCCUAGGGAGUGAGUUUCUUGGAAAUAUCUUUGAAACAAAUGAGAUCGCCACCCCUAAACCAUAUAAGGCAAUGCUUGGCAUCCAGUGAUAAACACAUUCAUGAUUUUAGAAUUGACCCUUUGAUGUGGCACAUCUCUAGGAACAUUAUUUCUGGGUUAUAUUUUUGACAAGGUUGAGAUUCCAACCAGAUAACCAUAUAACCUUUUAAUUGGUAUCAACAGAGAAAGACCUAUAGGCAUGUAUACCAUUGCUCAGCUUUAAGAUUCAUGUUAGCAAUACAGGCCCUAUGGGCCUCCUGUUUUGAAUGGUGAAUCCGACAUCUGUUUGACCUCAAAGCUUGGCCCUAACAGGGAUAUUAUUUCAGAAAUUAGUUGUCAUAUUUGAUAUUCUUUGUUGGAUCACUAAAUAGCUGAAUUAGCCAGGUCCCUUGAGCAUCUUUUUAUUUAACACUUUUGAACGAUAAUUAUUAUGAUGUACGAGUAGAGUUGAUAGAUAUUUGAGGGGGAAGGUUGGCUGAGGUUUCCAAGUGUGAAUUCUAUUUAUUAAAUUUUGUUGUCCUUUAUAGAUGAAAUUUGAUUUGAAUGCCCAUAAAAAUAAAAGUGGAUGGAAUGUG